AUGGGUAAAAAGAGUAAAUUCACUCUUCACCUAGUGAAACAAGCCGACAACGGAUCAUAUCGUAUAAAAUCGCCGGAAGAAGAUUCUAGUCAGGUUCCUCCUUGUCCUGCACCAAAAGAAAGGGUAGACCUACAAAAUGAACAUAAUGCGGAAAAAGAAGCCAAUACAGAGGCGAACUCCACUUCUGAGUUUGAAAGUCUUUUCGAACACAGCAGCGAGGAUGAUAUCUCCAGUGGCAGUAGUGAUGCGUACGAUCCAGAUAAAAACAAAAAUGACCAUAGCAGUAACAAGAGCAAGGAAGACGACGAUGACGAAGUUGAUGUGGCACAACAGCUUCGUUGUGCGCACCAGGAGCCGCAGAACAUAUAUAAGCGGACAGAAGUCAACAGCAAAGUGCAGUCUGUUAUCAACACCAGCAUCAUGAACAAGUAUCUGGUGAUUUUGACCGUGCUUCUGGUCGCCGCCAUGUGCGUCUCGCCACUUUGGGCCAGCGCUGUACCUGAUCACCACGGAGGCCCCCAGCACUCGCAGCACCAUGGUGGCGGAUCCCAGCACCACGGUGGUGGAUCCCAGCACCACGGUGGCCCAGGGCAGCACCAAGGAGGUGGCCCAGGGCAGCACCAAGGCGGCACCGGCCACCACGAUUCUCACGGAGGUGUGGGGCACCAUGGCUGAUAGGACUUUCGUUCUGCUCUGCUUCUACCUCUUCAGCAGUGAUGCAACAUUCUUCUGAGGACAGCUCUAUCUAUUCAGUGUAACCAACUUUUAUGUCAAGCAUGCUUGGUAAAUAAAAAGUCUCCAGUCAUUUAAAACGUGUGCAAAUUUUUUCAGCUCUAAAAUUAUAAAACAUUUCGCGAACUGUUAAGUAUGUAAAACUUCUCUUGUGUAACACCAAGUUCAGAGAACCAAACAACGGCGUCACCACAUCGAAUAUUAAAUCACAGUUGAAUAAAUAUUUAAAAACA